CACAGUGUGAUAUGGCGACGUCGUGGCAUCCUUGUCCACUGGCCAGGCCAUGGACCAGAACAAAGAAUGAUAUAGGUCUCCAACUGACCGGCAUCACCUACUGCUACUGGAGAUGCAGUAGGGCCAGUGCAGGAGGAAGAAUCGUGGCGGAUAUGAGUAUGAACACCACCAACUGCACGGCAGAACCCGCCCUUCUACCCCAAGCUGAUGCUGCCGACCCUCCUACUAGAGUUAGUAAGAGAAGCCCGCGCACUGGCCGUGGCGCCGCCGUUGCGGCUAGGCACGAAGAGGAGGGCACAGACGACGAGUGGCUCAUGUACCUGGAGCCGGCGAAGCUAGAGGUGUUCGACCAUCUGGAGCCUUGGGCGGAGGCGAACGUGGUGCCGCUCCUUAAGCCUGCGGAGGUGGCGUGGCAGCCGACGGACUUGCUGCCGGACCUGGCGUCGCUGGGCGCCGACGGCUUCCAUGCGGCGUGCUUCGACAUCAGCGCCCGCGCGGCCGGCCUGCCCGACGCGCACCUCGUGUGCCUCGUGGGGAACAUGGUCACGGAGGAGGCACUGCCGACGUACCAGAGCAUACCCAACCGCUUUGAGGCCGUGCGCGACCUCACCGGCUCCAGCGGCACUGCCUGGGCGCGAUGGAUCCGCGGCUGGUCUGCCGAGGAGAACCGCCACGGCGACGUGCUCAACAAGUACCUCUUCCUCUCCGGCCGCGUCGACAUGCGGCAGGUCGAGAGGACCAUCCACAACCUCAUCCAGUCCGGCAUGGUCAUGAACGCUGCGCGGAGCCCCUACCACGGCUUCAUCUACGUCGCCUUCCAGGAGCGUGCCACCUCCAUCUCCCACGGCAACACAGCCCGUCGCGCCAAGGAGUACGGCGACGUGGCGCUCGCGCGCAUAUGCGGUGCCAUCGCGGCUGACGAGAAGCGGCACGAGCUGGCCUACACGCGGAUCGUGGGGAAGCUGUUCGAGAUCGACCCGGACGGCGCCGUGCGCGCGCUGGCGUACAUGAUGCGCCGCCGGAUCGUCAUGCCGGCGUCCCUCAUGACAGACGGCCGCGAUGGUGACCUCUUCGCGCACUACGCGGCCGUGGCGCAGCAGGCCGGUAUUUACACCGCCUCCGACUACCGUAGCAUUUUGGAGCACCUGAUAAAGCAGUGGGGUGUGGAAGAGCUGGCGGCGGCCGAACUCUCUGACGACGGGAGGCGUGCGCGGGACUACGUGUGCGCGUUGCCCCAAAAGAUCCGCAGGUUGGAGGAAAAGGCUCACGAGCGCAAAGGCCAGAAAACCCAGCCUGCAACAUCGGCCCCGUUUAGCUGGAUCUUUGAUAAGCCUGUCAACAACACCAUGGGGUAAUCAAAUUAUUGCUUUUAUAUACCCUAAAUAUCCUUUAAAUCAUUAUUUCUCGAUCCUAUCUUUGAGAUGAAGUAUUCUUCAUCUCUACUUUGCUAGUGUCGGCGCCAGUAAAAGUACUUUUUUUUCUGAUCGGGUUGAAGUUAUGAGGAUGGUAUUGUACUACUGUAUUUUUGUAAGUUGUUUUAUCACAUUCUAAAAAUAAA